AACUGCAGCCAUGAAAACUACUCCAGUGGUUGCUUCCUUGCUAACUUCAGCGUUAGCACUCAGUCCACUUUCCGCAAACGACUAUGGGAACAGAGUACUAGAUUGUCCCGGCUAUGCGGUCGAUGAAGCUCAAACAGAACAGACAGCUAAUGGUCUUAAAGCACAUCUACAGUUGGCAGGCGAUGCUUGCAAUGCUUUUGGAGAAGACGUUCAAAAUCUUGUAUUAGAAGCUACAUACGAGACCAAAGAACGUCUCCAUAUCAAGAUCUACGAUGAGGAGGAGAAACAUUUCCAAGUGCCUGAAGAAAUAUUCCCGCGCCCUCAAUUCGACGUUGACGAGUCACUUAGAGAUAACAGUGACCUGGAGUUCCAGUAUUCUGACGCACCAUUUGCAUUCUGGAUAUCGAGAAGAUCCAAUGGCGAUGUCUUAUUCGAUACUCGCUUGUCAGAAAUACCAGCGUACGGUGAACCAUAUGAUGCGAAUGACACUUCAGCUAGUGUAUCAGUUAUGCCAAACCAUAACCUUAUCUUCGAGCCACAAUACAUUCAAUUAUCCUCAGCACUUCCACAAGGUGCAAACAUUUAUGGUCUUGGUGAAGCAGUAACACCAAACUACCGUCGCAACAGCUCAUACACUCGUCAAACCAAUUGGAACAAUGAUGAAGGUACACCUACAGAUACGAACAUUUACGGUACACACCCAUUCUACAUCGAAAAUAGAAUUAAAGACGGCAAAUCAUACAAUCAUGGUGUCUUCAUGCUAACAACAAAUGGUCUUGAAACAUGGUUGCGUGAUGGUGUUUGGCAAGCACGCAGUACUGGUGGCAUUAUCGACCUUUACGUGUUAUCUGGUGGUAGUGAUGGUGAAAACAAGCCUACUGAUGUCAUUCGUGACUAUGGUAAGCUCGUUGGUAGACCUUACCUUCCGCCAUACUGGUCUUUGGGUUUCCAUCUGACCAGAUGGGGCUACAAUAAUGACACCCACUUUGAAUCAAUUUUGAAUGCUAUGUAUGAUGCAGGUAUUCCUCAAGAAAGUGCAUUCUUUGAUAUAGAUUACCUCACUGAUUACCGAGACUUCACCGUUGAUCAAAACUCAUUCUCAAGACUCCCUGAAAUCGUCAACAAACUUCACGCUCGCGGACAAAAGUUCGUACCUAUUGUCGACAAUGCAAUUCCAAUAACAAGAAAUGAAUCCGACGUUUACGACUUUUACACCGAGGGACAUGAGCAGGACGUCUUCAUUAAAAACCAAAAUGGUACCGAAUACAUUGGACAAGUCUGGCCAGGUUACACCGUCUUCCCAGAUCCAUACGCAGAGAAUGUUGGAAAAUGGUGGACCGAAUCAUUCCAGAAAUUCUUCCAGGAGAUUCCAUUUGAUAGUAUCUGGUUGGACAUGACUGAACCAGCUUCAUUUGCUUCUGGUUCUCUCAAUGGACUCGGUCCACUUGAUCGCUAUGAACCAGCAGCGGUCUCGAUGUGGCCUGAAGGAUACGACAAUAUCACCUCAGGAAACAGCGGCAACAUUACAGUUGAUGGUAAACUCACUUACAUGCAAAAACCUGAAGAACAAAAGCCAUCACGUCGUGAUAUGCUCAGUCGCCGCAUGGGAACUCUUGAGACGGUCGAUAAUGAUCUUGAAAAGCUCACUUUCCCACCUUACCAAAUUCACAAUGGUGCGCCAAACGAGUUUAACGAGUUGGGCCACAAGACUGUUGCUGCAAAUGCUACACAUGCUAAUGGAUACUACGAGUACGAUGUUCAUAAUGCUAACGGCCAUAUGAUUGCUAAACAUACACGUGAUGCUCUUGAUACAAUCUAUGGAGGAAAUCGCUCAAUGAUCAUCGCUAGAAGCAACUUUGCUGGUAGUGGUAGAUUCACACAACAUUGGCUCGGUGAUAACUACUCGACCUGGCAGAGUAUGGCAGAUAGCAUCAAGGGAUUAUUCCAGUUCUCUGCAUUCCAAAUGCCAUUCGUCGGAGCCGAUGCUUGUGGAUUUUCUGGAAACACUGAUGAAGAACUCUGUACUAGAUGGAUGAUGCUUGCAUCCCUCACACCAUUCUUCAGGAACCACAAUGUUUAUGGCAGUAUCCCACAAGAGCCAUACAGAUGGACCUCAACUGAAGAGGCGACGAAGAAGGCGAUCAAUACUCGUUACCAAUUGUUACCAUACUUCUACAGUAACCUCUACCAACAGUCAAUUGAUGGAACACCAUUCAUCAGACCUUUAUUCUAUGAAUUCCCAACAAACGACGAACUCCUUGACUGGGACAGUCAAUUCUUGGUUGGUGACCAUAUUCUUGUCACUCCGGUCUUAAGUCCAAAUGCCACUGUUGUUGAAGGAUUUUUCCCAGGUGACGAGACAUAUUAUGACUGGAAGACGCACGCUAAGCUCGAGGUCAAUAAUGAACAUGAAGCAGUUGGCUUAGAAACACCACUCACCGAUAUAAAUGUUCACAUCAGAGGUGGUGCCGUCUUACUCCUACACAGCGAGCCAGGAAUGACGGUCACUGAGACGACCGAAUCACCGUUCAAUGCGCUCGUCACAAUGAACAAGAACCAAGAAGCUGGCCAAAGCUACUGGUUCGAUGAUGGACAUAGUGCAUUCAACGAAUCCAAUACCUACAUCUGGUUCGAUGUCAAUUCCAGCGGUAUCAAGUCGCGUGUUGAUGCCAACUCAUACGAUAUCGGUCAACCACUCAACAAUGUCGACAUUAUCGGCUGGAGUGGCUCUGCCCCAUCUAGUGUCAAGAAUGGUGACCAGGAUGUCGAGUUUGAGUUCAACGCUGAUACUGAAACGCUCUCACUCCGUGGUUUGAACCAUAAGCUCAACGAAAAUUUGGAUAUAGUUUUUGCUUGAGACAAUGCUAGUUUUAAAGGCACAGUAUAGAUGAGAUUUACGCUUUUAUGCUUUUUUGUACAAGUAACAGAAAUGAAUGUAUCUUGGAAUGUUCUCAACGAUUAUUCCCUUAUUGUUUAGGUCAGAGAAUAAGUCAAAAGUGAAAAGAAAUCAUAACCAAUAUAACAUUUCUUAACUAAUCAAAGGUCGUAUUGAUUAAUUCCGUAGAAACACUAGAUCAAACAGCUCGUAUCGUGAUGCCAUACCAAAACACGGCGGAUUAUCAAUGCUUUUAAUUGAUCUAUAAUUGGUAUUUUAGAAUCUACAAUGCUAAGCCAACACCUGUGGUCCUUUGAGAUGUUUGAUAAUCCUUGCUGGGUUUCCAGCUACGACAACAUUCGCUGGAACGUUGCCCCUAACGACUGCACCUGCAGCUACAGUGACACCUGGAAUAGUGUAAGCCAAUAAAGUGAGAAUAAAUUCACUCACCAUCUCCAAUUGUGCAUGGUGCGAUAAUGCUAACAUGUCCGCCAAUCCAGCAAUCCCUACCGAUUGUAACGGGGUUAGCACGCUGGACAUCCUUCUUACGUUCUUCAACGUCUGUCGAAUGUCCAGCAGAGUAGAUGUGAACUGAAGGGCCAAAUGAACAACCAUUUCCAAUGUGUACUGCACUGCAGUCUAAUAUAACAAGGCCAUAAUUGGCAUAAAAGUAUCCCUCAAAGUUGAUGAAGACACCAUGAUCCACUUGUAUAGUUUCAAUGUAGAGUGUCUUGCACUCUUCUAUUGGCUUAUCGAAUAGUUCGCUAAGCGUUUUGUAAUGUUCUUCGCUGCCAUAUAUCUCAGGGAGGUUCUUUAGACUGGACAUACCCUCCUGGUAUUCAACAGGCGGAAGCUGUAUAUUAUAUUUAUGUGUUAAUUGCCUCGCUCUCUUCUUCACUUUAACCAUUUCUGUAUCUUCCAGUGAUUUAUAUGCUUCCCCAUUCAGAGCUUUUUGGAAAUGCGGGGAAGUGUAUUUCGAUUUUAGCUUUUGCAUGAAUU